UCUCCAAGAGCUACAUUUCUAGCAAAACCCUACCUUUACCAGAAAGUGAAACAUGGGUUACUCUAGAGCUCCUCCAAACCAUUUUCUCCUCUAGCUCUGUUGAACAAGAACAUAACUUAAAACAUUCACCUCCAUUUGGGAAAACCCCCCACCUGCUUUUUAUCGGAAAAGAAUACACAGAUUCUUCCAAAAAACGACCUUUUUCACACUUUAGCCCAUUUUUUUUGUGAAAGCAGCCUCAACCUCACGCCUCCAACUUCAACGAGGGAAGGUAUGGGUUGUGUUGCUUCUAAGCUAGAGGAAGAAGAGGAAGUAGUAUCCAUCUGCAGAGGGAGGAAACGCCAGCUGAAGCUUGCUGUGGAGAGAAGACAUGCUCUUGCAGAGGCACAUUGUAGGUACUGUCAAUCUCUCUAUGCAGUAGCAGCAGUCAUAAAGCUCUUUGUUGUUCGCCACUCUUCUCCUACUUCACCUUUCCUCAUCACCUUCCCACCACCUUGCCCUCCAUCUGUACCAACUGAGAAUGUGAUAACCAACCCAAUGUUCCUUCAACAACGACCCUCUGAGUCCACCACCCAUGAAGCCAUUGCUUGUGAGUCAUGUGGGUCUUCAACCUCUUCAGAUUCUUCUGAGGAAGAGAGGGAAGAAGAAGAAGCAGAAGCAGAAGUAGAAAGAGAAGAACAGCCCUGUGGGUAUUUUUAUAUGCAAAUGCCUCCACAAAUGCCAUCACCACAAAGAGAUUUUGGGUGGGAUUUCUUUAAUCCUUUUGAAAAUGUGAGACCUGAGCUUAUCGGUGGGUACCGCAGGAUCUCGGACGAUGAUUUGAGGGUUGUGAGGGAAGAGGAAGGGAUUCCAGAGCUAGAAGAGGAAGGUGACAGAGAAGAGCAAGAAGCCAAGGUAGUGGUGGUUGAAGAAAAUGGUGGUGUUGAGCAUGAGAGCGGGGUUGAGGUGGUGAAGGUAGUCGAUGGUGCUAAUGUGAGCCAGGGAGAGCAGAAGGGGCUUACAGUUAUUGAUACCCCAGUGGUAGGAAGAGAACUGUUAGAUGCACUGAAGGAUAUUGAGGAUCAUUUUAUUAGGGCUUUUGAUUCUGGCAAGGAUGUCUCCAGGAUGCUAGAGGCCAAUAGAGUUUAUCUGCAGUCUAACUUGGAGGAAAUAAAAGAGAACUCAACAAAAAUCAUCCAAGCUAUUACAUGGAACCGGUCCACUUCAUCUAGACCUUCAUGUAAGAGUCUUGUAGCAUCCACUUCGAGAAGUUCUUCAACAUGGACAGAGUUUAAGAAUGACCUCUUUGAUGACUAUGGAGGAAUGACUUCAGGAAGCCAUUCACUAACCCUAGGCAGACUAUAUGCUUGGGAGAAGAAGCUGUAUGAAGAAGUGAAGGCUGGAGACAAUACACGAAAAAUUUAUGAGAAAAAAUGUUCACGGCUGAGAAACCAGGAUGUCAAAGGAGAUGAUGAACUUACUUUGGACAAGACCAGAGCUGCAGUGAAAGAUUUAUAUGCCAGAAUCUUGAUUGCGAUUCAAAGUGCUGAGUCAAUCUCAAAGAGAAUUCAGAAAAUGAGAGAUGAAGAAUUGCAGCCUCAAAUUGUUGAACUAUUAAAAGGCCUAACGAGAACCUGGAAAAUUAUGUUGGAAUCCCAUGAAACCCAGAAUAAGAUCCUGCUUGAAGUAAGGUCUUUUGCUUGCCCCACUUUUGGAAAAUUCUGCAAUGACUCUCACCGAUUAGCAACACUUCAGCUCGAGGCUGAGCUUCAGAAUUGGCGUGCAUGCUUUAUUGACUAUGUUGCAGCACAGAAAGGGUAUGUAGAAGCUCUCCAUGGCUGGUUAGAAAAGUUUGUAGUCCCUGAAGUUGAAUUAUGCUCUAGGGGCAGGAAGUCAGCUGUGCCAUAUCGAAUCAAUGGACCCCCAUUGCUUGUGAUUUGCCAUGAUUGGUUAGCCUCCAUUGACAAAUUACCAGAUAAAGCUGUAGCCUUUGCGUUGAAAAGCUUUGCGAAGGAUGUGAGGGCUCUGUGGGUUCAGCAAGGGCAGGAACAGCAACAGAAGAGGAAAGUUGACAAUCUAGCAAAAUACCUCGAUCGAAGGAUUCGAGCAUUACAGAAGGUAGAGAGCAGGUUCCUUGAGUUUAAGCUUACAGAAGAGAAGUUAGAGUCAGAUGUGGAACAUCAGAGUGAGUUCUUGACUGAUAAGAGGGAUCAAUUGGACACAUUGAGAAGGAAGUUAGAUGUAGAGAAGGAGAAACACCACAAUUGCAUGCAAGAAACACAAAGGACCACAUUAAAUGGAUUUCAAACCGGGUUUUCUACAGUUUUUGAGUCCUUAACAGAGUUCUCCAAGGCAUCUCAAAAAAUGUACAAUGACCUUGUAGCUUGCAGUGAAAAUGAUGAGAAAGCUGGGAACCUGUCAUAUAUAGAGGGCUCCAAGGUUGAGGAAAAUGGCAGUAGAUGACAGCCUUGAGUAUCAUUCAUUUAUGCAUUCUGUAAGGUGUCUGUAUAUUGUAUUGUGUCAAAGCAGCUCGCUGAGACACUUAUUUGUAAUUUUAGGAGUCGUUUGCAGCAAUGAAUUGAUAAUUGUAUUCUCAAUAGUUGUUGUGGAUGCCCGCAGAUUUUGUGGCAGAACCUGUAAAUUUCCUGUUUUCUACUCUUUCUUGGCAAGAGUCUCAAGAAGUGUAGAGAGAGGAAAUUCAAGUGGGCAGUUCUUGUAAGUAAUAGAACAUUGGUGUUGGAUGGGAAUUA